GAGGGUGAAGUUAAGGAUGUCCAUGCGAUGGUGGGCAGCGACGUGGAGCUCAGCUGUGUUUGCCCCCACAGAAGCCAUUUCAACUUGAAUGAUCUGAAUGUCUAUUGGCAAAUCGAUACCCAGAGCACUGUGGUGGUGGCUUACCACCUUCCUGAAGAGUCUACGAGGGGAAGUAUGCAUGUGAAUGAGACGUACAAGAACCGGGCCCACCUGUCACGGGACCGCAUGGAGCAGUGUGACUUCUCUCUGAGACUGCAGAAUGUCACUCCUCAGGACACCCAGGAGUUCAAGUGCCUGGUAUUUAGGGAGCUCGAACUGCACAUGAAAGUGGUGGUCAGGCUGCAUGUAGCAGCCAACUUCAGCACACCGGUCAUCAGCACCUCUGGUCCCUCUGCCCCAGGCCAGGAACUCACCUUCGUCUGCAGCUCCACCAAUGGCUACCCAAAGCCCAACCUGUAUUGGAUCAAUAGGACGGACAACAGCCCCAUAGACGAGACCCUGCAGAAUAACACCGUCUCCUUGAACGAGCAGGGUCUGUACGAUGUGGUCAGCGUCUUAAGGAUCCCUUGGAUGCCCCGUGUGGAUGUUAGCUGCUGGAUAGAGAAUCUGGUUCUUCACCAGAACCUCACCAGUGUCAGCCAGGCGGAUAAUUCCACUGGAAACAAUGACAGAUUCACAGAGAACCCACAGGAAACUGACAACCAGAAGAAAAAUGUGGUCCUUUUCUGCCUCCUUGCUGUGCUACUGGUGGCAGCGGGUGCCGUUUCCACCUGGCUUUGCAGAAGCAGGUGUCCUCACAGAAGCUAUGCAGGUCCCAGGGCUGUAAAGCAGGAACUCACAGGACCCUACCCAGGAUGUGGACAGAGGUUCUAUGAGACGCCACCCCGUGGAUGUCAUGCAGUUUCAGAACGGACUCCCACAGGCCUGGUGGUGGAAGGGGACAAUGAGCUGUCUGCUUCUAUGCUACAAUGGAGGACAGGGAUCCCCAGCCUUGAGAGGGGCACAGAAACCGUGAGGGAGACCUUUCCAGUGGGCGGCACCAUCAGAAUAUGGAGCCCCCAGUGAGUCCCUCCCACUCAGCCUUCAGCACACAGAGCAGCAGCU